UCAAAACUGCAAAACAAACAAAAACAAUCGUAAACUUUUUGAUAAAAAAAAUGAAAAUUAUAAAAUGAAAAACUCGAAUUUGUAUCGGUGAAAAUUGUGUAAUUUAAAGUUGUAAAAAUGGCUAAUCGUACCGUUAAAGAUGCGAAAUCUAUUCGCGGUACAAAUCCGCAGUACUUGGUAGAAAAAAUCAUCCGGACUCGUAUAUAUGACAGCAAAUACUGGAAAGAAGAAUGCUUCGCUCUUUCAGCCGAACUGCUUGUGGAUAAAGCUAUGGGUCUUCGUUUCGUUGGAGGAGUUUUCGGAGGUAAUAUAAGAGCCACACCAUUCAUCUGCCUGACUCUGAAAAUGCUGCAAAUUCAGCCCGAAAAAGAUAUCAUUGUCGAGUUUAUUAGAAACGAAGAGUUCAAGUAUGUUCGUGCCCUGGGAGCAUUUUACAUGAGAUUAGUCGGAUCGUCUUUAGAUUGCUAUAAGUACCUCGAACCGCUACUUGCCGACAGUCGUAAAUUAAGGAUUCAGAAACGAGAUGGUGCUUUCGACCUUAUACACAUGGAUGAAUUCAUCGAUAGCCUUUUACGCGAAGAAAGAGUAUGUGAUGUCAUUUUGCCUAGAAUCCAGAAACGUCAUGUUUUAGAAGAAAAUAACGAACUUGAAGCCAAAGUAUCUGCCUUGGAUGACGAUUUUGAAGAAGGGCUUGAAAGUUCAGAAGAGGAAGAAGAAAAAGAAGUCGAAAAACAUUAUGAAACUAGUAAAAGUAGUUCGUGGCAUCGCAGAAAGUCGCCUGUCAGAGAAGAAAAGUCACCUAUUCGAGAUAGAAGUCCUGUUCGUAAUGUUCAUAGUGACCGAAGAGACAGAGAGAAGAAAGAUCGAGAUCGUGGUAGAGAUAGAGACCGUGUAAGGGAGCGUGAUCGUGAACGAGAGAAAGACCGUGAUCGUCGUAAACACAGGGAAAGAGAGAGACAUCGACGAGAUAGAGAUAGACGUUAACAUAAUUUGUAUGAAUUUUGAUUACGUUGUAAAUAUUUUCAUUAUAAGCUUGUUUUUUUUUCUGUAUCGACCAUUUCAUCAAAGAAGUAUUUUGUAAAAUAUGAAAACGUUGAGUAAAUGUUUUCCACGUUCAAA